CAGAGCAUUCACCCCGUGUCUCCUUGGAAACAGGAGGACCAUGACACCAUGGAAGCCGAUCUGGACAAAGAUGAACUGAUCCAGCCCCAGCUUGGAGAACUCUCAGGCGAGAAGCUUCUGACCACAGAAUACUUGGGAAUCAUGACCAACACAGGGAGGACGAGGCGGAAGGGGCUGGCCAGCGUGCAGUGGAGCGGGGACGAGCCCCUGCGCCGGCCCGUCACCCCCGGCGGCCACAGGAACGGGUACCCAGUGCUGGAAGACCGUCCCGUUUGUCCCCAGACGGCCCGACACACCAGAAAAGGCUGCCUUCCGUCCCUGCUGGACGCCCACCUUCCAGUCUACAAGGGGGGCUCCCAGGAACUGUUGGAGACCUGCCUGGGGUGCGUGCUUUUCUUUGCUUUGCAGCUCAGCCCAGUAAAGAGCAUCUUCAAAGAGGUUCCAGAGCAGACGUUGACUGAGCUCUCUUUCCUCCUCCCCAGCCGCCGUGGAUGCCAAGCUGGGAGAGUGGUUGCCAGCUGGACGUCAGGGAGAGCCUCGCCUGCCCCCCACGGGGGACCCCAGCCAGCCAAGGGAAGUGCCCCAGAUCCUGGGCAGUGGAGAGACCACCAGGGAAUUCACAUCAGCCUUCACCUGCAAGCCCCGGACGCCCCGCACCCCAGAGAUCCUGGACCUGAACCCAGCCAAGGCCAAGGCGUCGGCUCUGGCCCCUCAGUUCUCCACGUGUGGCCCCCAGCAGGCCAGCCGCCCCAGCUCCACGACGUCCUCCUUGAGGGGCCUGCAGAGCAGCCAGUCCUACAGGAAGUGAGGAUGGUUUCUUCCCCGGUGUCACCGUCCUCUUGCCCGAGGACCAGCCAGCUUCCCGUUCUCGGCCAGCCAGCAGCUGCAGGUGACAGAUGUGAAGAGACAGUUGUCUACCAGCCGCCGAGUGGCGUGGGGAGCUGAGGAGAGGACGGCUCUCCAGGCCGUCCAGGAGCAGGCCAACCACAGCGCCCACCACCCAGCGUCCUGUUACUGUCCUUCCCUGGUCGCCCUUCAUACACACGCAGGAGAGGGGUCCUCACGGCACCCAGCUGAGUGGACUGUGCAGCCAACCCAGUGAGCUGGGCCAUCUGGGGAGCUUGUGCGGGGGACAGGGGCCAGAGAGCUCAGCCAGAGACAGGGCCUCGGCCUCGAUGGAAACCGGCUCUCCUCA